CACCCCUUCCCUUCGGGCGGCUCCUUUGGGCGCGGGAGGCUCCUGGCGGGGGCGGCGGAGCUUCGCCCGGGGAGCUGAAGAGGAGGCUCCGAAGGGAAGGCCCGCCUCCUCCCUUCCCCGGCUUCUCCUGCCACGGAGACGCAGAACGCAGGCUCCGAAGACUCCCAGGCUCCCCUUCCACCCCCAGGAGGAGAAACGCCGGGCCAGGAGCCAAGCAGCCGAAGGGAUCCCGGGAAGGGACGGAGCUCAGCCCGAGGGGAUCCCGGGAGGCCAUUGGGAGACAAGGGAGCCCAUGAAGGACGGGGAAUCCACUGGAAAGCCAGGGAUCCCAAGGGGGGGGGGAAGGACCCCUCCUCCUCCUCCUCACUUUGGGGUUGAGCAGGGGGGAGACAGGCAGCCACUGACCCGAGGGAUCCUGGGGCCAGCGUGGGACCCCAGGGAUGAAUGAGUUGGGGGGUUGGGGUGCCAAUGGAGGCAUCCUGGCCCUUUUCUUGGGGGUGCCAGGAUGGAAGGCGCUUUCCCCUCCUGGUCUGACUCAGGGCUUGGCUGAGGGUGGGGGUCCUGGGUCGAAGGCGGGAGCCCCUCUUUCCCCCCCCCUGUUUUCCUGGCUCUUUCCCUCCCAAAUCCCGCUGAGAUGGGCUGGACCAGAAACAGCCCCCUCAUUCCUCCCUCCCUGCAGGAGGUGGCCAUGCAGAACCUGGUGCGCACGGUUGUUGUCAAUGAUGACGAUGAAGAGGAUGAUGAGGAUGGCCCCCACGACCACCAUCACCACAGCCACUGCAGUGCCAGCGGAGAUCCGGGCGAGUACAACCUGCGUUCUCGCACAGUGUUGUGUGGCACAUGUGGGCAGCCGGCAGAGAAGUCAUCCGGGGGCACGAAUGUGGGCACCAGCACCAUGUCCACCGGCUCCUCCUCCUCCAGCUUGACCAUCACGCGCAGCUACCGCAGUGGAGGCACCAACCUCGGGGAGAGCCUCCUGCCCCGCUCCUACAUCCUGGGCAGCUCCACCCCACGCCAGCAGGGUCCUUCAAACUGCAGCAUCAUGUAAUAGUCCGAUGUUCCCGACAUGCACUCAAAUCUGCUUUAUGGAGCUCUCUGUCCUUUACGUGCUCAGAAAAAGAGGAAACCAUUUUUAAAAGAAGUUAUUUUCUAUGCAAGAAUUUAUACUUUAUUACAUAUCUAUAUCUAUAUCUAUAUCUCUAUAUAAAUACGCUAAAGAUGCUUCAGGUUUUUUAAGGGGGUGGGGGGGUCUUUUUUCUAUCUCAAAGGUUUAAAAGGAAGUUUAAAACCUGCCAAAGAGGUGAAUCUAUUACUGCCAAAAAGGAAAAAAAUUCCUAGAAUUGUCAUAUGUUUCUUCUAGUAAGGGGGAGC